AUGCACUUGCGGAAGAAAAUCGAGAAAUCUCGUUCGUAUUUCAAGUCGCUCAGUUCUAAACAUCAGGAGUUAGUACCAGAAUUCAGGACAAAACUGGAUGCGAUUGAGUCCUGUGUGAAUCAUAACAGCAAUCUUUUGGAUACAAUCAUUCAGAAUUCCGCUCCGGACAUAUUCGGUGGCGAACACGGUAGCGAUCUGCAAGCUUUGAGCGAUGCGGCCGGUAUGUCCAAGUUUCUGAGUCCCGAGAACAAGCCAGUACGAGCCACACAUGCAGUCAAGUUUGGACCGUUUGCGUUCACCACCACAGAUAUGGAUAAGGUCCGAUCCACACUGAAACAAUUCGCUCGGGAUUGGUCUGAAGUCGGGGCAAAAGAGCGGGAGAUUUGCUAUAAACCCGUUAUUGAUGAGGUCGUGAAUUUGUUUCAACACGUUACCAAUCCAGCUGACGUGAAAAUCCUCGUCCCGGGAGCUGGUCUGGGUCGCCUGGCAUGGGAAUUCGCUCAUCGGGGCUAUGCCUGCCAGGGCAAUGAGUGGAGUUUGCACAUGCUUAUCCCAGCCUACUUUAUACUGAACACGUGUCGCACUGUGAACGAGUAUAAAAUAUAUCCAUGGAUUUCUCAGUUUUGCAACAAUAUGACCCAAUCCGAUCAGAUGAUUCCCGUCCCGUUUCCGGAUGUCGCACCUUGUGAUCUUCCGCCUAAUGUACCAUUUUGUAUGGCCGCCGGGGAUUUUGUGGAGAUCUAUAAAGAACCAGAUACUUGGGAUUGUGUAGCGACCGUGUUUUUUGUCGACACAGCACACAAUAUUCUACAAUAUUUAGAAUCUAUCUGGUGCAUCCUUAAACCAGGCGGUUAUUGGAUUAAUUUUGGCCCGCUGCUCUAUCACUUCUCUGAUAUUCCUGGAGAGGAUUCGUUGGAAUUGUGUUAUGAAGAGCUUCGUUUAGCCAUUGAUCGCAUGGGUUUCGAAACUGUGCAGUACGAGCCAGCUGAGGAUCGGGAACCUCAUAAGGAUACUACUACCCAUCAGACAGCUGAUCAGGUUGGUUAUCCUGGUCUAUACACAGCACAAAAGUAA